CUUCUCAUUACGGUGGCUUCUCUUGUUGCGGAGCAUGGGCUCUAGGCACACGGGCUUCAGUAGUUGUGGCUCGCGGGCUCUAGAGCACAGGCUCAGUAGUUGUGGCGCACAGGCUUAGUUGCUCCGCGGCAUGUGGGAUCUUCCCGGACCAGGGCUUGAACCCGUGUCCCCUGCAUUGCAGGCAGAUUCUUCACCACUGUGCCACCAGGGAAGUUCCAAUAACUGGAUAUUUGGAUCUGGUGUUCUAGAGAAAGGACUGGGCUAGAAAUAGAAAUGUGGGUGCCAAAAGCACAUAGAUGAUAUUUAAAGUUGUGAUACUGGAUGAAAUCAUCAAGUUGGAUAUAGAGACGUAAGAGAACCAAGGGCUGAGCCUUGGGGCACUCUGAUGUUAAAGGGCCUGGGAGAAGAGGAGGAACCAGCAAAGGAGGUAUAGAAGGAACACAUACAUAUAAGGAAAGAGGAAAACAAAAAGAAUAUAGCAUCUUGGAAGCUAAAUAGAAGAAGGAAUGAUCAAUUCCGUUAAAUAUCUCUGAUAGGUCAUUUAAGAUGAGGACUAAAAAAUGGUCAUUGGAUUUAUCAGCAGGGAGGUCAGAGCUAGCCAUAUUUGUAGAGUUUGGGUGGUGUUAAGAGAGAGAAUGGGGAGAGUGGUAUUGGAGACGAUGAGAACAGACAACUCUGUAAAAGAGUUGCUACAAAGAGGCACAGACAAAUGGGGUGAUAGCUGGUAGAGGAAGUGAACUCAAGAUUUUUUUUUUUGAAGAUGGGAGAGAGAAUACAUUUAUAUGCUGAUGGGAAUGAUUGCAUAGAAAGGAAAACUGGUGAUGUAGGAGAAAGAGGAGAGAAUUAUUGGAUCAGUGUUCUUGAGUAGGAUAGAGAGAAUGCAGUUUAUGGCAUAAGUGAUGGAUGGAGUUUAAAUAGGAGCAUAGAGAAUUCAUCUGUAAUAACAGGUGGAAAGGCAGCAUAUGUGGGUACAGUUGUUGGUAGGUGGGUAGAUCUGAUGGUGAGAAUUUAUAGAAGUCCUAUUGAUUGCUCCAGUUUUCGUGCUGAAAUAGAAAGCAAGGUCAUCAACUGAGAGAGAGGAUGAGAAAGGAGGUAUUGGAGCUUAGGAGAGAAAGUAGGAAAUAGUUGUGUAAGAGAGUGGGAGAGUGAAUGGACAAGAGAAAUAGAGUAUGAUUGGCCAGCAGCAUUAAGGACCCACUUAAGGGUGGAUAUGUGAAAUUAGUACUUUGAGGAGUUGUAGCUAUUGGUAAUAUUAAAGUUCAGGAUAUGGAGUGAAUGGCUGAGAUAGGGUACAGGAGAUCUUUGGAAGAGUGGGAUUCAAGGAACUGAGAGACCAAGAUGAUGGAAGAAUCACUAACGUGUAUUUGAAAAUCUCCAAAAAUUAAGAAAGGAAUAGAGUUGGAGAAAGUGAAAGUGAAUCAGAAGCUAAGAUCAUUCAUUGCUAAGUGAAGGGCAGUGACCCAGGAGUCCACAGAUGACAACAAUAGGACAUAAGUAAAAGUGGCAGAGUAGAGAACUCCAGAGCUCUGUCCCUUCAUGAAAACAGCUAAUGAACUGGCAAAAAACUGAAUCGACUUUUACAGAACUCUGGAAUUUAGUAAAAACAUAAAACAACUAAGGAAAGGUUUGGUGAAGAAAGAAGCUGCUGUUUGGGGUAAGAGAGUACUGUGAUAUUUUAAAUUGCCUGCCUACUAUCCCUCACACCCAGAUUGAUGGUGGCUGUGAAGAUAGAAGCCUGCACUCCUAGUACAGAUUGCUAAUGCCAGAGGAUAUAAAGAAUUGUUUACAAAGAAUUCAGCCUAUCUGGCUGCUACCUGAAGGACUGGUGCAAGGGCCUGUCUUUUUUUUUGCCUGAUUGGGAGCAUCCCUAGGGCUGGGGUGGCUUUUUAUUUUUAUUUUUUUAUUUUAUUUUAUUUUUUUUGCGGUACGCGGGUCUCUCACUGUUGUGGCCUCUCCCGUUGCGGAGCACAGGCUCCGGACACGCAGGCUCAGCGGCUAUGGCUCACGGGCCCAGCUGCUCCGUGGCAUGUGGGAUCUUCCCGGACCGGGGCACGAACCCGUGUCCCCUGCAUAGGCAGGCGGACUCUCAACCACUGCGCCACCAGGGAAGCCCUGGGGUGGCUUUUGCCAAAAACAUUUGAAGACACAACUAUUGGCUUUAGCAGUCUGGAGUAAGAGACAACAGUCAGACAAGCAAUAGAGAGACUGAAAACCUGGGAAGGAAGAAGUUGGAUAAGGAGAUACACAGGGGAAUAAGGGCUUUAGAAAAGUUCCUGUAUGUACCAUGGAAUCAGAAGAAAAAAAGGCCAAGCACAUGCCCAGAACUGGAUGCAUGCUCAGAAAAGGGCUGAGAAGACCCUAAGCUUUUUCCUCUGGCUGGCCUUCAGGCUCUACACAAGCAGGAAGUGAAGACUAAGGCAGAAUUGUAAAUGGCCCAGCUAAGUGUUGAGGAGUGCCCUAACAUAGAGCCAAUGUGCAAAGACUGGAAGAGUAUUUUUUUCUUUUUUCUCUUCAGGCCUUUAAGAAAUGCAAAACACUAGCUGACCACUAAGCUAAAAAGAAACAGGUUUCAGUGGCCACACACAAUAAUAGUAUAGACUUUACAAAAUGAGUUUAGAGAAGUCACUAAACAAACAACAAUAAACCACAGUAAGCAGCAUCAACAAAGCCCAUAGAGGGGGCAGAAUCUGAUUUUCAGAGUUGCCACACAGUAUUCAAAAUGUUCAGUUUUCUGCAAGAAAUGAUGAGUUACACAAAGAAACAAAGUAAGGGUCAUUCAUAAGAAAAAGGAAAUUAAUAGAAACUGUCCCUGAGGAAGCCCAGGCAAUGGACAUACUAGAUAAAUAAUUUAAAUCAACAGUCCUAAAUAUGCUUAUUAUCUAUAGGAAACCAUGGGAAAAGAACUAAAGAAAACCAGGAAAGCACUGUCUCACCAGACAGAGAAUAUCAAUAAAAAAUACAGAAAUUAUUUUUUAAAAAAAGGAACCAAACAAAUUCUGGAGCUAAAAGGUGUAAUAACUGAAAUGAAAAUUCACUAGAUGGGUACAACAGCAGAUUUGAGAAGGCUGAAGAAACAAUUAGACAACUUGAUAAGUUAAUUGAGGUUGAAAGGAGCAGAAACAGAAAAGAAUGAAGAAAAAUGAACAGAGACCUAUAGGACACCAUCAAGUGUACCAAUAUGUGGGGAGUUCCCUGGCGGUUCAGUGGUUAGGACUUGGCACUUUCACUGCCGUGGUCCUGGGUUCAGUCCCUGAUUGGGGAACUAAGAUCCUGCAAGCUGUGCAGGCGGCCAGAAAACCCCCCCAAAAACGUGUACCAAUGUGUACAUUAUGGAGUCCCAGAGGCAGAGGAGAGGGAGAAAAGGACAGAAAGUGUAUUUGAGAAAGUAAUGGUCGGAACCUUCCCAAAUUUGAUGAAAAAUAUGAAUCUACACAUCUAAGAGACUCUAGGAACACCAAGAGGGAUAAACUCACCAGAGACCACACUGAGACACAUUAUAGUCAAAUGUUGAAAGACAAAGAGAAUCUUGAAAGCAGCAAAACAGAUGUGACCCAUUGCAUACAAGAGAUCCUCAAUGAGAUUGACAGCUGAUUUCUCUUCAGAAGGCAGUGGGAUGGCAUAUAUAAAAUGCUGAAAGAAUGAAACCAAGAAUUCUAUAUCCAACAAAACUAUCCCUCAAAAAUGAGAGAUUAUGAUAUUCUACGGUAAACAAAAGCUGGGGGAGUUCGUUGCUGGUAGACCUACUCUACAAGAAAUGCUAAAGGGAGUCCUUUGGGCUGAAAUGAAAGGACACUAAGCAGUAACUUGAAGUCAUGUGAAGAAAUAAAGAACACCGGUAAAGGAAACUUUAUAGGAACCAAAUGGAGAGACUCCUUCAUCUUUGUACAGAGUUGCAGCAGUACUUCUACAAUUUAAUCUUAUUGAUUUAGAUGAUCUUUAUGUACAUCUUCUUCCAGCUGAUAAUUGCAUUAUGGAUGAACACAAACGAGAAAUUGUAGAAGCUAAGCAGAUUGUUAGAAAACUUACAAUGGUUGUACUGUCUUCCGAUAAAAUUGACGAGCGAGAGAAAGAAAAGGAAAAAGAAGAGGAGAAAGUGGAGAAGCCACCUGACAACCAAAAACUUGGUUUGUUGGAAGCCUUGUUAAAGAUCGGUGAUUGGCAGCAUGCACAGAACAUUAUGGAUCAGAUGCCUCCAUACUAUGCAGCUUCACAUAAACUAAUAGCCCUUGCUAUUUGCAAGCUUAUUCAUAUAACUAUUGAGCCUCUCUACCGAAGAGUUGGCGUUCCUAAAGGUGCUAAAGGCUCACCUGUUAAUGCUUUGCAAAAUAAGAGAGCACCAAAACAAGCAGAGAGCUUUGAAGAUUUGAGGAGAGACGUCUUCAAUAUGUUCUGUUACCUUGGUCCUCACCUUUCUCACGAUCCCAUUUUAUUCGCAAAAGUGGUGCGGAUAGGCAAGUCAUUUAUGAAGGAGUUUCAGUCUGAUGGAAGCAAACAAGAAGAUAAAGAGAAGACGGAAGUUAUCCUUAGCUGCUUGCUUAGCAUUACUGACCAGGUAUUACUUCCAUCUCUUUCUUUGAUGGACUGCAAUGCUUGUAUGUCUGAGGAACUGUGGGGAAUGUUUAAAACAUUUCCAUAUCAGCAUAGAUAUCGUCUGUAUGGCCAGUGGAAGAAUGAAACUUACAACAGUCAUCCACUUUUAGUAAAAGUUAAAGCUCAAACAAUAGACAGAGCCAAAUAUAUCAUGAAGCGUCUAACCAAGGAAAAUGUGAAGCCUUCUGGAAGACAAAUUGGGAAGUUGAGCCACAGCAAUCCAACCAUUUUGUUUGAUUAUAUCUUGUCACAAAUACAGAAGUAUGAUAACUUAAUAACACCUGUAGUAGAUUCAUUGAAAUACCUCACUUCGUUGAAUUAUGACGUCUUGGCCUAUUGUAUCAUUGAAGCUUUAGCUAAUCCAGAAAAGGAGAGAAUGAAACAUGACGACACAACCAUCUCAAGCUGGCUUCAGAGUCUGGCUAGUUUCUGUGGUGCAGUUUUUCGUAAAUAUCCAAUUGAUCUUGCUGGUCUUCUUCAAUAUGUGGCUAAUCAGCUAAAGGCAGGCAAAAGUUUUGACCUGCUUAUAUUGAAAGAAGUGGUACAAAAAAUGGCAGGAAUAGAAAUUACAGAAGAAAUGACAAUGGAGCAACUAGAGGCCAUGACUGGUGGAGAGCAACUAAAAGCUGAGGGUGGUUACUUUGGCCAGAUAAGAAACACUAAAAAAUCCUCCCAGAGAUUAAAGGAUGCACUAUUAGACCAUGACCUUGCUCUUCCUCUCUGUUUGCUUAUGGCUCAGCAGAGGAAUGGGGUAAUCUUUCAGGAAGGUGGAGAGAAACAUUUGAAACUCGUGGGAAAGCUCUAUGAUCAGUGUCAUGAUACCCUGGUACAGUUUGGUGGGUUUUUAGCAUCUAAUCUAAGCACAGAAGAUUAUAUAAAGCGAGUGCCUUCAAUUGAUGUGCUCUGUAAUGAAUUUCACACACCCCAUGAUGCAGCAUUUUUCCUGUCUAGGCCAAUGUAUGCACACCAUAUUUCGUCAAAGUAUGAUGAACUUAAAAAAUCAGAGAAGGGAAAUAAACAGCAGCAUAAAGUUCACAAGUACAUUACAUCAUGUGAAAUGGUGAUGGCUCCUGUCCAUGAAGCAGUGGUUUCCUUACAUGUUUCCAAAGUCUGGGACGACAUCAGCCCUCAAUUCUAUGCCACAUUCUGGUCAUUGACAAUGUAUGACCUUGCAGUUCCACAUACCAGCUAUGAACGGGAAGUCAAUAAACUUAAAGUCCAGAUGAAAGCAAUUGAUGACAAUCAGGAAAUGCCUCCAAAUAAAAAGAAAAAAGAGAAGGAGCGAUGUACUGCCCUUCAGGACAAGCUUCUUGAAGAAGAAAAGAAGCAGAUGGAACAUGUACAGCGAGUGCUACAGAGACUGAAACUGGAAAAGGACAAUUGGCUUUUAGCAAAAUCUACCAAAAAUGAGACCAUCACAAAAUUUCUACAGCUGUGUAUAUUUCCUCGAUGUAUUUUUUCAGCAAUUGAUGCUGUUUACUGUGCUCGUUUUGUUGAAUUGGUACAUCAACAGAAAACUCCAAAUUUUUCCACACUUCUUUGCUAUGAUCGAGUUUUCUCUGAUAUAAUUUACACAGUCGCAAGCUGUACUGAAAAUGAAGCUAGUCGAUAUGGGAGAUUCCUUUGCUGCAUGUUAGAGACUGUGACCAGGUGGCACAGUGAUAGAGCCACAUAUGAAAAGGAAUGUGGAAAUUAUCCAGGAUUUCUUACUAUAUUACGGGCAACUGGUUUUGAUGGUGGAAAUAAAGCUGAUCAAUUAGACUAUGAAAAUUUUCGACACGUUGUACAUAAAUGGCAUUACAAGCUAACCAAGGCAUCGGUACAUUGCCUUGAAACAGGCGAAUAUACUCACAUCAGGAAUAUCUUGAUUGUGCUAACAAAAAUACUUCCUUGGUACCCAAAAGUUUUGAAUCUGGGUCAGGCUUUGGAAAGAAGAGUGCAUAAAAUCUGCCAAGAGGAAAAAGAGAAGAGGCCAGAUCUAUAUGCAUUGGCUAUGGGCUACUCUGGGCAGUUGAAAAGUAGAAAGUCAUACAUGAUACCUGAAAAUGAGUUUCAUCACAAAGACCCCCCUCCGAGGAAUGCAAUUGCCAGUGUACAAAAUGGGCCUGGCGGUGGGCCUUCUUCAUCGUCAGUAGGAAGUGCAUCUAAAUCGGAUGAAAGCAGUAAUGAGGAGACUGAUAAAUCAAGGGAGAGAUCUCAGUGUGGUGUGAAAGCAGUUAAUAAAGCUUCUAGUGCCACACCAAAAGGGAAUUCAAGCAAUGGAAACAGUGGCUCUAACAGCAGCAAAGCUGUUAAAGAAAAUGACAAAGAAAAAGGGAAAGAGAAAGAAAAAGAGAAAAAAGAAAAGACUCCAGCUACUACUCCAGAGGCCCGAGUACUUGGUGGUAAAGAUGGUAAAGAAAAACCGAAGGAAGAACGGCCAAAUAAAGAUGAAAAAGCAAGAGAGACGAAGGAAAGAACACCUAAGUCUGACAAAGAGAAAGAAAAAUUCAAGAAGGAAGAAAAAGUUAAAGAUGAGAAAUUCAAGACCACUGUCCCCAAUGCAGAAUCAAAGUCGACUCAAGAAAAGGAAAGAGAGAAGGAGCCAUCCAGAGAAAGAGAUAUAGCAAAGGAAAUGAAAUUAAAGGAAAACGUUAAAGGAGAGAAAACACCAGUUUCUGGGUCCUUGAAGUCACCUGUUCCCCGAUCAGAUAUUGCAGAGCCUGAAAGGGAACAAAAACGUCGCAAAAUUGAUACCUACCCUUCUCCAUCACAUUCCGCAACAGUAAAGCUGGUUUAUUUCCAGGUUACAGCCAUACUUCCCAAAGUUCCUCUGGGUUCUGAGAACUAUGCCAGCUCACCUGUCAUCUCCAUUCAUUUUCUACAGGACAGUCUCAUCGAACUCAAGGAGUCUUCAGCAAAGCUCUACAUUAAUCAUACUCCUCCACCACUGUCCAAGAGUAAGGAGAGAGAAAUGGACAAGAAAGAUUUGGACAAGUCGAGGGAGAGAUCCAGAGAAAGAGAAAAAAAAGAUGAAAAGGACAGGAAAGACCGGAAAAGGGAUCACUCAAACAAUGACCGAGAAGUGCCACCGGACUUAACCAAGAGGCGGAAAGAGGAAAAUGGAACAAUGGGGGUUUCAAAACACAAAAGUGAGAGUCCGUGUGAGUCUCCUUAUCCAAAUGAGAAAGACAAGGAAAAAAAUAAGUCAAAAUCGUCAGGCAAAGAAAAAGGCGGUGACUCAUUUAAAUCUGAAAAAAUGGAUAAAAUCUCCUCUGGUGGCAAAAAGGAGUCCAGGCAUGAUAAAGAAAAGAUAGAAAAGAAAGAGAAACGGGACAGUUCAGGAGGAAAGGAAGAGAAGAAACAUCAUAAGUCCUCGGACAAGCACAGAUAAUGAAGACUUUCAAUCAAGGGUAUGGACAGACCCCUAAGCUGAAGGUCUCCUAGAGGAGGAUGCCACAGCUCCAUGCGUCACUCUCAGAACGAUAUCUCCUAUAAUUAAGAGCUUCUGGUGCUGUCCAUUUAAUGGGAAUCUGCUUUAAAUCAGAAGAUGAAUACACACUACCAUCCUCUUGAUGAGACAUUCCAAAGUCACUGAUUUUCAGAACAUUAUUUUCACCUCCAGGCAGUUUCUUGCAGCAAGGUUCCUGUGUAUACAAUGUUUACUCGAGAUUUGCCAUCCAGAAGCAGCAUCUAAUGAAAAUGUCACUAACUGUUUUAGUUCAUCCUUCUUUCUCAGAAAGGAGAGGAAAUCGACUCCUGGAACCAGUUCCUUAAUCAUGUAGAUAGACUGUAUUUGUGUGCGAACUUUGAUAAGUUUGACAAUAUUGGGAUGAUUAUAUUGCUUGAGGAUUUUGGCUUCUUGUAAAAAUUUUAAUUUCAGUUCCUGGGAAAGAUCAUCUUCACAUGUUUUAACAGCAAUAGCAGUUUUAUCCUUUAAUGUGCCCUUAAAUGUGUCAUCAGAAUUUCCCUUGCCCGGUAAUUAUGACAUUUUCAUAAUAGGCAUUUUUUAUUCUAAUUAUGAUCAUGCUGAUACCGUGAUUCUCUUUAUUGGAACAUUGACUUUUUUUGCAGCUAAAAAAAAUUGAGAUGAAGUUCUUAUAAAAUAUUCCAUUUAAAAGUGGUUUUUCGUAUAUCCCUGUGUUGUAACCAUCACCAGUAAUUCCAGAACAUCUCCAUCACCCUCAGAAGAGACCCUGCAUCUGUUAGCAGUCACCUGCAAUUCUCUCCUUCCUGCAGCCUCUGGAAACAACUAAUGUAUUUUUUGUCUCGAUGGAUUUGCCUGUUUUGGACAUUUCAUAAAAAUGGAAUCAUGCAAUAUGUGGCCUUUUGUUAUAUGUGGCUUCUUUCACUUAGCAUCAUGUUUUCAAGGUUCAUCCAUGUUGUAGCAUGUAUCAGAAAUUGAUUUCUUUUUAUAACUGAAUACUAUUCCAUUGUAUGGAUGUGUACCACAUUUUGUUUAUCCAUUCAUCAGUGAUGAACAGGAACAAUGAUUUUUAAGUAUUAAAACUGUAAGUUCAACAUUAAUGUAUCUAUAAUUAUAAUUGGUAAUGUCAAGAUUAUACAUGGUGUGAACAGAAUACUGUAUAGAAACGAUAUGUAAAUUAUUUGUCAGCAUAUCAUGCAAGUGUGAUUAUUUUCUAAGGCCCUUCUAGCUCUGGUUUUAAUGAAAUAUGUGAAUGUAGUAUUUUCAUCAAUAAAGUUUAAUGCGUUAAGCAUUAGAUUAAAAUUUGAAUGAGAACAAUGUUAGGCAGAUAUGAAACUAUUUGCCACAUGUUGUAAUGAUCAUGUUUUGAAUUUAUUUCAAUAUGCAGUAUUUGAAAAAUGUCAAUACAUAAAGGAAAGGAAAUGAGUAUAAUUAAGUCAAUAUAUUUUUAAAGCAAUUUUUAUAAUUUAGCAGACAUUGCAUCUUAAUAUAAGUAACUAUUAAAAUCAUGUCCUUGUGAAAAAUGUGAUGUCAUUUUUCUCUUUUUUUGUUGAUCAGGUAAAAUUGGUUCCUUUUCACGGUUAUGUGUUCUGUUUACUUUUGACAAGCUAUUGCUUGUCCCUGUGGAAUUCUAUUUCAUUUUUUCCUCCCUCCCCUCCCCCCACUCCCCCUUUCCCUCUCUCACAGACAAAAUGUUCUGUGGUUUGUUUUUUUUAAAUUCAUCAUAAUGUACCUAUCUUUAGUGGUUUCUAAGAAUAGGCAAUAAGAAAUACACAAAUAUUUCAUCCUUAUUUAGGGACUUAAUUCAAGCCUUUGUUAUUGACAGAACUCAUUGAUUUUCUUAAAUCUUCCUUCCUUCCUCCUCCUCCUCUCCUCCCUUCUUCCCUCCCUCCCUCCCUCCUCCUUUCAUCUGUCCCUCCUUCCCCCUUCCAUCCAUCCCCUCUCCUUCCUCCCUGCCCCCUACCAAUGCCUUUCUUAUCUAUCAAUAUAAUCACUUUGUUUCUUUCAGAUGAGAUUGGAAUGAAAUUGUUCAGCUGUGACCAGAAAUUUAUUGUCCUGAGUAGAUUGCCAAGAAUUAUGAACGAAGAGGGCCCGUUUGCAUCUCCUUAAAUUAUUCAGUGAUCUGCUCUAUUGCUCCAUGCCGAAAACUUAAAAUUGUUGAGUUGUGCAUUAUUGUAUUUAACUUGUUGCUUAGUUUCUACAUGUUUAUUUUCAGUAAAUGGCUGAAAGUAUUAACUUCCAUAUUUUUAGCACAAUGUGCUGUAUACAGUUUCCAAGAAGCAAAUAAGGUUACAUAUGUACAGAAUUUCCCUUUAGGUUAACUAAAUAUUGCCUGAGUUUAGUUUUUUUUUUUCAAUUUGAAAUGCUUCCUUUUUAUUGUUUGAAAUGGAAAAUAAACAAUUAUUGAACCCUCUUGAAUUUACCUCAUUUAAAAACUCAGUUUUAAUUUAUUAUUUGGCCUGUUUUUAAUAUUAGUAAAAAUCAAAGUGGGAGCAGUGUCUUAUGCAAUGCCUAGGAAUCAUUUUAUAUACUAUGUGUAAGACAUUAAAACCUGUUAGAAAAAAAAAAGGUACCAGCACUCCCUUGUCCCUUGCCAUUUUUUCUUGUAAUUAUGUUAGAAAAAUCUGGGCGGGGGGAUCGAAAGUUAAUUGUCUUUUAAGUCUACAGCUACAGGAGCUUUGUAUUGCUUAACUUUAAUCUGGAAAAGUUUCACAGUGACAUUUUUAAAAUAAAGUUUUUUUAUCUAAUGAAUUCUACCCAUGUAACCCUUUUUCUAAAUAAACAAUAGUUUUCUCAAAUGAUUGUA